GUUCGAAAAUGAGACGAAGGUCACGAUGCUUUAAGACAAUAAUCAAACAAUUAAAAAAGGAAAGAAAACGAUCACUGUUUUGGAAACAUACACGUGGCUGCACGAAAAAUAAAAUUACAAAAAUGUGAUUGUCGUGUGAACUCUGUGUCGUGGCUCUUUAUGGAAUAGUUUGGUACACACAAUGCUCCAUGCUGUUAAGCAGAUUUGAGGUCUGAGCCAACCAUCAUAACCACAACUCCACAAGAUAUUCAAGUUCACAACAAGAAAUGCAAGUUUUGCUGAUGUUGACCUGUCGCCAGCAACAAUCUCACUAUCACUUAAUGAUAGAUGCACAGUAUCCGGUUUGAUUGGAGACAACUACCGAGGCCGAGUUACGUAUCUCCUAUCUCCCUUUCUUGAAAUCCCCGCUGUCCUCGUGUAUGUCCAUGUGAGUGUGGGUGUAUUCACGAGGACGUGGGAUUUUCGUAUCCCGCCUGUUGGUCGAUUCAACUUCACUGGAGAUGGAUGGAACACGUGUGGAUGCCUGGCCGUAUUUCUCAGGCUUAAAGGAAUUAUUAGCUGCCAAGUCAGCACUUCUAAUUUCAAAUACAAACAACUGCUUGUCUGUCCGGCUAAAUGCGUCUCCGGAUAUUCACCGGAUUAUUGUUGGCCGGAAGCGGAGGCGGAUAGCAAGUCCUCUGAGAACUGCCCACCCGGAUUUAUAGGAACAGCAACCUGGACCUGCGGUAUUGAUGGUCAAUGGACGACUCUAACUCCCGAUCUCAGUAACUGCAUCAAUCCCGUUGUUGGAAAUUCUAUCAACCAUGCCAACGCCAAUAUCACGAAUGGUGAAAAUCCAAGCGAGUCAUUGAAUUUUCUCACCAAGGUUCUUAACGAAAACGAAUUAGCAUCCGGCAACAUUGCUCAGCUCGAUCAGACAAUCCGUUUAGCUUUUGACAAACAGACCGUUCUAAUAACUGCCAAUUCCGACUCGAAUUCACGCGAUUCGAGUAGUAAGGUUUUCGCCAAAUCUGUGAUCGACUUGUACGAUAUCAUGUUUGUCAACGCAAAGGCGUUUUGGGGUUUGCCUUGGAUUCUUCGUAGUGAUGCUGUCAAUCGAGUGCAGAAGAACGUCGAUGAUACUUUAUUUCUCCUGGCUGAAAAUCUCAUCGAUGGGAUUUAUCAAAACUAUGGACCAAAUGUUAACCUACUUGUACAAGUGGAAAACAGACCUAAACUUUACUACUACGAGGAAUCGUACACGUACGCUGCAGGUGGUAACGACCGAAUGACUCUUCCAGCCGGAUUCUCUUCAGCGGUCAACGACAACAACACUCUCCUCUAUUGUUCCACUUUUCCUGCAUUCCAAAACAUUCUCUACGGCGAUGCGUUGGCACAAUUGAUGUUGGAAUCCAAACCGGUGAGGCAAGUCUUGGUGUCGAAGGUGGUCGGUGCCUCACUAGGUCAACCAAACGGAAGUAGUAUUCAUUUAGCUGACGAUCAAGCCGAGAUCCUGUUGAGCACGUUGAAUUUGGAUGUCUACGACGUCGAUGAGAAGAGCGUCAGAUGCGCUUAUUGGAAUGUUUCGACUCAAGACUGGUCGUUUGACGGAUGCGUUGUGGCUACCAAUAAUAAAUCAGCCACUGUCUGCCGCUGCGAUCAUUUGACCAAUUUUGCAGUUUUAAUGGACAUCAACGGCGUUUUUCAAAACCAAACGACGUCCGCUCUGGAUUACAUCACAAUAAUCGGCGAAAGUAUUUCAAUCGUUUGUCUGACGCUGUCUCUCAUUCCCUUUUACUGGGUGCGAACUUUGCGACGCGAUUUCCGCUUUGUGGUUCACCGAAACCUCUGUUUAAACCUUCUCAUUGCCGAGAUUCUCUUGUUGGCCGGAAUUGACGCUACUGCCAACCGGGAUCUCUGCCUAUCCAUCGCCGUAUUCCUGCACCUGUUUUUCCUGUGCGCUUUCAGCUGGAUGUUUGUGGAAGGUCUUUACAUGUACAUCAUCAUCACCAAAGUUUUCAACGAUAAAGGAUUAAAACGCUGGAUAUACUACAUCAUCGGGUACGGAUUACCUGUUUUAACUGUUACCAUUACUCUAGCCGUAACUAAAACGGAAGCUUACCUCGGCGAUCCUUUUUCAUAUUGCUGGUUGAGUUAUGAAAAUGGGGCAAUAUGGGCCUUCGCUGGACCGGUUGCAGCCGUUGUUUUGAUGAACUUGGUGUUCCUAAUAUUGGUACUCUGUGUCACGUUCAAAUCCAUCCGCAGCACAAUCGGGAAAAAAGAGAAUAAGCAAAACUUACGAUGGAUCAUGGGAUCGAUUUCUCUCACUUUUAUUCUGGGUAUUACUUGGGUCUUUGGUUUCCUUUACUUCGGACAAGGCAGCAUGAUAUUUGCUUACGUAUUCACCAUCCUGAACUCCCUGCAAGGAUUGUUCAUUUUUAUCACGUUAUGCGUGAUGAGCAAAAAAGUGCGCAAAGACUUGGUCAGGCAAUUCGUCACUAGCCAGAGACUACAACGUGUGGCCCACCGCUUCAAUGUUGAGCUGAGUGACAUGAAUACAAACAUUUCAACGGCAGUAAGAACCGAAAAUUGAACAAAAGUUAUAGACCAACAAUCCCAAGCUCUUUCAACUAUCGACCAAACUAUUUUUCUUAAUUCGAUGAAAUGUGAAGCAUUUUCGACUGUGAAGUCUUGUCAAUCAGAAUGAAACAGAUUUUUGGCUCUUAUCUUAUUGGUUGAUUUUCACCCAUUUUAUUUUGGUUUCAAUCGAUUGAAAAUAACUUACACUAACAAUUCCUCCUUUAAAAAAAUAUACGACUGAUUAUACGUACCAUACGGCAACCUUGCUGUGACGUCAUGCUCAGUAAGAUAAAAACAGCAACAGUGAGU